UUUCUCGAAAUUAGAAGCAAUUCUCUACAAGUCCAUCGUCCAGGAGCAGGAAGGAUUCUUUUCGCUAGAAAAUAUGAUGGUGCCGUAAUAUAUCAUAACGUUACUUCUAUACCGAUAUCAUAUGAUAGUUGUCAAAUUUCGAAUCUUAAAAUCCGUUACAAACGAUAAAAAGAGGUGAUUCGAAUAAAAUUCAAAGUGUAUGAGUUUGUGUGAAUAGCAGUAGUGAAACAUUUAUGAUUUUACAAUGUUUGCCUCACCAAAUAUUCGUAUUUUUUCUCAACAAAAUCAAGAAAAUGCCGGUACUUUGAUGGCCAAAAAGGCUGGUUCUAUAAAUUCUUCUCAGAGAAAACCUUUGGCUGAUCGUUCUAAUAAUCGUAUAAAUCAAAAUAACAGCUUAAAACCACAAGAACUAAAACAAAAGUCUUAUUCUGGAUGCAAAUCUCCAAAGACCAAGGUAGAAGAACCUGAAGAGUUUGAAUGUCUUUUUGACGAAAUUGUUUAUAAGGAAUUUGAUGAUAAUUUUGAAGACAUAUGGGCAAAAGAAGAUCGUUUAAGCGAAUCAGAUAUUAAUUCCAUAGUGAAGGCAUUUGCAGAAAAGUACAGAUCUGAAACACCUUCAUUAUUGGAAGAACCAUUUAAAGCAGCAUAUGUUUUUGAAGAAUUGCCAAUCAAUGAUUCUGGAAUUGCUGAGUAUGAUGAUGAAUUCGAUAUAAGUUUAAUUGAGGACAAUGAUGUCUCUGUACCAGAUUUUAGUAUUGAUGACAUUGAAUAGUAUUUUUUAUAACUUUCAAUUAAUUUCAGUUUUAAUUUUUCUCCUUUUUGACUAUGUUAAAAAUGUAGAUUGUAGUGACUUUCUUACGAUCAACAAUUAAUUUCUUGACUAUACAAAGCUUUAUUGUAAAACAAAUCUAAAAAAUUUCCUUCUCUAUUUUGAUACUUGUAUAAGGAAAUAUUAAUAUAAUAAUUAUUCAACUUGCAUCUCUAUUAAUGUUAUAUCUUUGAAACUUUUCCUCCAAUGUUUUUUUUUUUGCAGCUUUUAAUUUUUUUUUUUGAUUUUUGAUCGUUAUUUUUUGUUGCCCUGGUAUUUAAUUUUCUUUUUGAAUGCUCACUUAUUUAAAAAUGACAGGCACCUAUUUAGUGAAUGUAUUAAUUUUAAAAAGUGUCUCACUUCCAAAAAAAUAUCCUAAAAAAUGCUUCCUUGACAUUUACAAGUUUUUCUGGAUAGUAGUCACCGUGUGUAAUAUAUAUUCUUCUUUAUAAAGCAUCUUUUAGAAUAAAGUAGGAUUUAGAUAUAUCCACAGAAUUUUUAUUCUUAUUUGUGUUUUUUAAUUAUUCCUUAUUAUUUAUUGAAUUUAUAUUUUGUUUUAUAUGAUAAGCUUUUAUAACCAUUUUUAUUUCGAAGUAGGUAAUAAAUUCAAUCUUCAAGUUUGAAUAUUCACUUUAUUUUACCUACAUGAUCGGUUACAAUGUAAAAAGAUCCAGUCCAAAUAACUGCCUUAUUUGGUUUAAUAAAAUAUUACUUUAAACACAGUUUACGUGGAUAUCAUUAAUUAAUUAACUAAAACUAAUUGUAAUUUGAGAUCAAACGACUAGUCCCAAUGUUUAACAAAUAUGAAAUUACUUAAGGCCACAUUGCAUGCACUCGCACAGAUUAU